AUGAAAAAAUUAAUAAUAUUCACCGUUUUUAUAGUGGUGAUUUGUGGUUAAUAAGAUUUGGCAGAAGCAUUCACACAACUAUCCUCAAGUGAUCCUGAUAGAACAAAACUUAACUGGCCCAAUUUAUCUCAAGCCAUUUCAGAUUUAUUGUGUGAUGUUCAACAUGUGAGAUAAAUUGAGAGUGACACAAAUCAAUAGAAAUCAGCAUUACUUUAAAAAUUAAUUAUAUUACACGAUAGAACUUCUGGCUAAAUUAAAGUGGAUUUGGCAAAACAUAAAACGAAACUCAAUGAUUAAUUGACUCCUUAUAAAAAUGAAUUGGAUGAGGCUUUGAGAUAUAGAGCAGGGAUUUUGGAUCAAUAAAAAUAGGAUUUGAAGAUCAAUGAUGCAGACUUCACAAAGAUGAAAGAAUCAGCAAAAUAAGAAAUGGAUGAUGUUAGUAUUGCCUUACAAUCUGUGGAUUCAAUGAGAAAAACAGUUAAAGAGUUAUUGCAAGGAGGUUCAGGUGGAAACUCAUUUGUGGAAAUCAAGACUUCUUUAGAAGAGUUCCAUGCAAAAAUAACUUCAUUGGCAAAAUCAGAUUCUCCUCUUUUAACUUUGGCUGGCUCACUCCAAGAGCUCUUACAACUUGAUUUUAAGGACAGAAAAGUCUUAAAAGACCUUGAAUAAUUGUUGGAUCAAUUUUGGAUGAAUACCAUAGAUUACAGAAUAGAGUUGAUAAGUCAAGCCAAUAGAAAUUAGUAACUGUAUGAAGACAGAAGACAAGCCAUUUUACAAGACAAAGACACAACAAUUGAACUUUACAAUUCAAAGAUCGAAGAAUACAAUACUGUUUUCGAUGAGAUCCAAAAUAUCUAAACUUACAUAGAAAACAGAUAAAAAGAUCUAGAUGAUAGUGCAAGUUCUCAAGACUUCUUUAAGAAUAUUUGGGGAUUGAAUGAGGGGAUUACAAGUUCAGUUGAUAAGUCCUUGAUUAGCAAGGCUUCGGCAAUAUAAGAUGCAUUGAAAUAAAUAGGAAAUGGAGUUAGUUUUUAAGAGAAGUGACUUCUAAUUACAAAAUCUUAUGAAAAUGCAAAAAUUAAA